CACUUCUGCUCCUACAGGCGCCGCAGCGGCAGUGACGUGAGGCCGGCGCCCCGACCUUAGCUGCGGCAGCGGCUCGCCGAUCGACCCCAUCCGCUGCCGGUGGUGCCGGCUGCCUGCGCAGCGGCGUGCGGACUUCUGCAGUCUGGGUUCCGGCCUGCGAGCGCCUGGCAGCUGCACGCCAUCUUCACCCAGCGCGAUGGCCGCGGCCCGCGGGCGGAAAGCGGCUGGACGCUGCUCUCUGCCCAGCCUCCUGCUUCUGCUGGUCGUGGGCCCUGCCCUGGGCUGGAGCGACCCUGACAGAAUACUGUUGCGGGAUGUAAAAGCUUUCACCCUCCACCAUGACCGCUAUACCACCUCCCGCAGGCUGCAUCCAGUCCCACAGUUGAAAUGCGUUGGAGGCACAGCGGGAUGUGAUUCUUACACCCCCAGCGUCGUACAAUGUCAGAACAAAGGCUGGGAUGGUUAUGAUGUACAGUGGGAAUGUAAGACCGAUUUAGAUAUUGCAUACAAAUUUGGAAAAACUGUGGUGAGCUGUGAAGGCUAUGAAUCCUCUGAAGACCCGUAUGUGCUAAGAGGCUCCUGUGGCUUGGAGUAUAACUUAGAUUACACAGAAAUUGGCCUGAAGAAACUGAGAGAGUCUGGAAAACACCACGGUUUUAGCUCUUUCUCCAAUUAUUAUAACAAGCUGUACUCCCCGGAUUCCAGUGGCAUGAGCGGACUGGUUAUCAUCGUGGUGCUACUUGCUGUUGCCUUUGGAGUUUAUAAGUUGUUCCUUAGUGAUGGUCAAGAUUCUCCUCCACCAUAUUCUGAGUAUCCUCCAUAUGCCCAUCGUUACCAGAGGUUCUCCAGCUCAGCAGGAUCCCCUCCCCCAGGCUUUAAGUCUGAGUUCACAGGACCACAUGGUGCAACUUCUGGUUUUGGCAGUGCUUUCACAGGACAACAAGGAUAUGAAAAUUCAGGGCCAGGGUUCUGGACUGGCUUGGGAACUGGAGGACUAUUAGGAUAUUUGUUUGGCAGCAAUAGAGCAGCCACACCCUUCUCAGACUACCCGCCCUCCUACUCCAGCACAUGGACUAGCCGUGCCUAUUCACCGCUUCAUGGAGGCUCAGGUAGCUCUUCGGCAUAUUCAGGCCCAGAGACAAGAACCAGAACAGCAUCAGCAUAUGGUGGUACCAGAAGACGAUAAAGUAAAAAGUUGGAGUAAACAUUGGAUGCAGUGAAAUGAUUGGAUGCACCAGAAACAAGAAUUUCUGAUUUUUCAUCUUUCUUUAAAAAAAAAGUGCUACUUGCUAACAAAUAGGGAAAGGGAAUAUGUGAAAGUUCUUCAGUGUCUUGUCUUCUAUAGCUUUUUGUAUUCAGUUAUUUGAGGCUAAGAGUUGAUAGAUGACAAAAUGCUUAUGUAGAGAAUUUUAUGUUAAUGUAACAUGCAGAUGUGUAUUACAGUUAUUGAAAGUGGCAAUUACUGUGGAAAGCUGAAAACAUACUGUUUAAUUUCUAAAACCUGUGAUGCCAUAAGAAGCAUUGAGAAUGAAGACUUUAUGCCAAUAGAUAGUGAGUAUAAAAAAUGUCAAUUUUAGGUGGUUUUAGUUAAUGAGUCAUUAUCGCAUAGAAACAAUAAUAAUCUCUUUGGUGUUUGCUGUUCUUCAGACAUUUAAACCAAGCUUUGGACUACUAAUUAUACUUAUUUCUGGGGUUUGAUCACUCUGAGCUCAGGAGCUGUGAAUCCUUCAGUGGUGGGGGAGGUUCUGGUAAAUGAGAGUGACCUUUUGUAGGAAAAGGUAGAAAGUAAGUAUCUAGAAGGUUGGCGUGAGUGUGUGUGCUGACAAAAAUGCUUGAAACCUCUGUGUUCAUCACUGAAAGAGGUGAAGUUCAAAAGUUUCAACAAAGGUCUUUGUAAAGCUAAACAGUCAAUCAAUUCUUUGUGGAAUCUCAAAUAUUGUUGUAGCACUCUGUUCCAAUCUUACAUUAAAAAUGACAGAAAAAAUAAAAA